AUGAGACUACUCAACACUGAAACGCUGAAGCUUGAGUUCUUCCAAGCAGAUGCUCCCCGAUAUGCCGUCCUCUCACACAGAUGGGAAGAAGAAGAGGUGACGUACGAAGACAUCCGGACGGGCAGAGACGUCGCACAGCUUAAAGGAUAUUCUAAGCUGCGGAUGAGCGCACAGGUUGCCAAGGGCGCUGGGUAUGACCACAUAUGGAUCGACACCUGUUGCAUCGACAAGUCAAGCAGCGCAGAGCUCUCCGAGGCCAUCAAUUCCAUGUUCAAAUGGUACAAAGCUUCUGCAGAGUGUAUCGCCUAUCUCUCGGAUAUUGAGGGCAGCAGAUCGAUACUAGAGAGCCGAUGGUUUAGCCGUGGGUGGACCUUGCAGGAGAUGAUCGCGCCCAAGCAGGUCAAUUUCUACGAUCGUCAUUGGGAGCCUCGUGGUUCGAAGAGUGACUGGAAAGGAGCUAUACAAAAAAACACUGGAAUUCCUUCUGGCGCCCUGGAUGGGACCGUGGACUUAAACACCAUUCCCAUUUGUUGUAAAAUGUCUUGGGCAGCUGGGAGGGUGACUACCAGAGGAGAGGAUGUUGCCUACUGCCUACUUGGCAUCUUCAACGUCAAUAUGCCCUUGCUCUACGGGGAAGGCCGAGACAAGGCAUAUCGAAGGCUCCAAGAAACUAUCGUCCGAGAGAACGAUGACGAGAGCAUCUUUGCUUGGACAGCUCCGCCUUUUGAGGCUCUCCAGGUAGAUUUCUGGGGUUUGCUGGCGCCGUCUCCGGCGUACUUUCGGGACUCGAGGAGCUACUCAAUUCCACGUUUCAAGACGUGGCGAACUGAAGGGCCCUUGGAAAUCACGAACAGAGGACUUAAGGCGUCUUUGGCAUUAUGCCCAAUACCUGAAGACAUGUCAAAAACCCAGUUCCUCGCUGUGCUUAAUUGCUCUCGAUCUAGUGAGCAUUCAACUAGCGCAUCAAGCUCAUUCACAAUCACACUUCAGAAGCUUUCGGAGUUCGAGGACCAGUAUGCUCGCGUCCGACCUGACAAGAUUCGAUCGGUUGAUAGCAUAGUCCUUGCAGGCCAAGCUCAGACGAGCACGCGUCCCAUAUUUGUCCGUUCAGAUCCACGGCCUACCGAUCCUGUACUUGGCUUCUGCGCCGACAAAUCACAAAAAGUACAUUUCGAUUUCCCAACUAACUCACAUGAAGGGCCGGUCGUCUUGAAAGGGUUUACAAACAUUGAGUUGGAAGCAUCUAACCCAUGGCUAUGCCAGAAGGUGACCGAUUCCCGCGAAGUCUACUCGGUCGAGCUGAGCGAGGAUAUGGCCUCUGCUGAAGCUCAAAACGAAACCAGCAGUCUCAAGUCAAGAAGGCUCGACGCUGUGCUAAGGCUUCGUUGUCGCUCUUUUCUCUUAGAGGAAGCAGAUGGUAAUUUUCAAGCACGUUGCAGCCCUUUCCAACCUAGCCCGAGCUACGAAGACCCCUACUUGCUACUCGGUUUUGAGGCUCUGCCACGGAACGCGAUGGGGAAUCGAUCCGCAUUCCUCAAACCGUGGUAUGCCUUCGCUUCUUCAAGUGAGCCAGAAGCCGUUCAAGCUAUCCUAACUAGUGAGAACUUGCUGGAACAGUCAGUGCACACAGCGCCCGGCCAUUCUCAAUUUCAGAUUGAGCUCCAGGCCACGACAUUAAACUUCCGGACCUUUUACGAAGUAAAUGUAGUCUCCUUUACAGACGAUAGGAGCACCUGA